AUGAAUAAGGACGGCCUCUACCAACCCAUCUACCACAGUGGUGACACCGCGAGCAGCCAACAUGACUCGGUGCUGUCGUCGGCUCCAACCAGUGUUUCGGGACCAAGUUAUAACCCCAGUGGUUCGGCGUCACCAAGGGUGAUAGACGUCGGAGCUCACGAUGGCGACUUCAGGGAGAGUACCCAGCCCAUGAGACCCGGUAGCCAGGCGGCGAGCUCGCAGGAUGCCAAGUCCACGGUGGCUUUUUUGCUCCCGAGCUUCCCGCCACUGGUAGGGGAACCCACCGCCGAGGACACCAUCGAAAGUACCACCCCAACUGAGGCACGAAUGCGGCUGCGGGUCGAUGACGAGGUCGACUGGUCGGUAGCCUCCUGGCUACGCACCCAGGACCAGCACUCCUUUGCGCCAGGGCACCUGGAUAGAUGCUUCGAGGAGGCUCGGGAGACGGGAAGGACCGAGCCUGCUUCGUCCGAAGACUCAUCUGACGACUCCACCGACGACUCCUCCGACGACUCAUCCGGCGACUCAUCCGACGACUCAUCCGUUCCACGCGAUGGCCGCUUUGGCGCUGGCGGAUAUCAGCCACCCUUGCACGACGCUGUCAUAGCAGCUAACGCGGCUUGGGAAAUUCACUUGGGUGCCCUCAACCCGGUUGACUCCCCACCCGAGAGCGGGAUGAGCAGCGCCGAAGACAACUAG